AUGAAAGAUCCUCUGGAGUAUAUCAACAAAAUAAACUUCAACACAAACCGGUUUCCGCAGUAUACCCAUAUCCUGAUGGAAAACGGAGAUGACGUUGGGCCUUUUGUAGCCAAACUGUCCAGCUACAAAUUAUCAGACGAAGACAAAUUGAAGCAGCAAAAAUAUAAUGAGAAAUAUAUAAAAAUAAACAAAAAAUUGUCAUCUGAUAAUUCUUCUAUGUCCAUUUUUAAAUUUAAUUAUAAGCCAUAUGUGAACAACAAAUUUAAGAAAUCGAUCAUGCUAUCUGCUGUUGUUUUGACUUCAGCCUUAUUGUAUGAUAAGCGGGAGAAGCUGCGGUUGGCCUUUACUCGGGGCAGCGGAGGGAAGGAGUCCAAUUUUUUAAAGUAUAAUUCCUUGGAACGUUAA